CAGAUCACAGAUCACCUCUUUGUUUCUCCUCUUUCAGACAGAGCUAGAGGAUAGGGAGAAACAUGGAGCUUCUUUGGCUGUGGAGGUUUUUAAUUCUGUUGUUAGUUUGUGUUUCAUGUUUGCUUCCUGCUUCAGGCCAACAGUGGAAGAAAAUUAGAGACAAUAUAUCUGAUGCUGUUAAAGGACACACUCCGUGCAACCCUGUCAACUGUAGCUGCCAUAUAAGUGUCCUUCAAGCUGACUUGCGGCCCUUUAAAGGGAGAAUCUCUGAGGAUGUCAUGGCUGCAACUGUCCAGAGAGGGGUGGGCACCCACUACCAGAUCAUCGGACACAAGCUGUACAGAGAACACAACUGCAUGUUUCCUGCUAGGUGCAGCGGGGUGGAGCAUUUCAUGCUAGAGGUGAUCGACAGGUUACCCGACUUGGAGAUGGUGGUAAAUGUCCGUGAUUACCCUCAAGUCCCCAACUGGGUGCAGCCAACGCUGCCCGUCUUCUCUUUCAGUAAGACGGCAGACUACCAGGACAUCAUGUACCCUGCGUGGACGUUUUGGGAGGGAGGGCCUGCUGUGUGGCCCAUUUACCCCACUGGACUGGGAAGAUGGGAUCUGAUGAGGGAUGAUCUUAAAAGGUCUGCAGCACAGUGGCCAUGGAAGAAGAAAGAGUCCAAAGGAUUCUUCAGAGGCUCCAGAACCAGUCCAGAGCGCGACCCCCUGAUUCUCCUGUCCAGAGAAGCUCCAGAGCUGGUGGAUGCAGAGUACACAAAGAACCAGGCCUGGAAGUCUGAGAGGGACACACUAGGGAGACCCCCAGCCAAAGAGAUCCCACUGGUCGACCACUGCAAAUACAAAUAUUUAUUCAACUUCCGGGGUGUGGCAGCCAGCUUCCGCUUCAAACAUCUCUUCCUCUGCGGUUCGCUGGUGUUUCACGUCGGGGAUGAAUGGCAGGAAUUUUUCUACCCUCAGCUCCAGCCCUGGGUCCACUACAUCCCAGUCAAGCAGGACCUCUCUGACGUCAGGGAACUACUACAGUUUGUCAAAGAAAACGAUGCUAUCGCACAGGAGGUUGCUUCGAGGGGUAAGGAAUUAAUCCUGGACCACCUGCGGAUGCAAGAUGUUUCCUGCUACUGGGAGAGACUCCUCACUGAGUUCAGCCAUCUCCUCACCUACAAACCCAAGAGAAAGAGCGACUACAACCAGAUUGUCCACAGACCCGGCAAGACGGAGCUAUGAGAGUGAGACCGCGCGGGACCAGGGCAGCUGUAGCGAAGGGAAACUCUCGAUAACGAAUGUAAUCGCUGCACCACGACACGUGAUUUCCAUUUUUGUCGAAAUCACAACUAAAAUGAGCUAGUCUAAAGAUAUUUUCACAUUUAUUUCUAUUGAGUCCAGUGUUUUAGUGUAAUGUGGAGCACGGGUGGACCAUGUGUCCUCCGUUAGAGGUGAAGUUUGUUUACUGUGGAUGCUGCCAUGCCUUCAGGUGCCACUAUGGGUGCCAAUUCCGAGUUCUCUAAAAAUAACUCCUUAUGGCUGCUGUCUAUACUCGCCAGCAACAUCUACAUGAGCUGAGUUUUUAGACUUUUCUUACUCAUUAAAGGGGCACAAUCAUCUUUCUAUCAAAUUUCAUUAUGGGAAAUGUAGGAUCCAGUGAUUUUGGAGCUUUAAGGACUAUAAGUCAGUGACAUACUAAAUUGCUGAAAUGAUCCUUUAAUAUGCCAUGUAAAGACUUUACGUUGUUUUACAUUAAUCACAUCUGGACUGGGCUUCAGACCACUUGCAGAAAGCUGCUGAACAAUGUAACUUGUAUUUGAACGUUAACUUGGUUAUCCUUUGUGACCUGCAAGUGGAAGAGGUUCAGUGCCUUGCUCAAGUAAAAUCAAAAUUGAACCCUUGACCUUCUGACCUUUUCCUGCAGACCACUCAUGUAAUACGAAUAUCACAUGUCCAGCUGUGGAGCACCUAAAACUCUAAUUUUAAAUACUUGAAGUGUGAUGUUGACUUUCGACUGCUGCUCAAAUAUCCACGAAGGAUGUGCCAAUAAUAAUGCCAGUUAUGCUGUUACAUAUUUAAUGCAGUCAAAUGUAUUGGAAGGAUUUCCUGAAAACUAAAAAGUAAUAUGCACCACAUGGAAUGCUUACAUGCAAUUUCUUUAUCUGGCCUUUUUGUACGCAGAAAGAUAUGGGAAAUAUUGUAUUCUAUUCUUCAGUGAUGUCAAUAUCUGCAUUUGGAUGGGUUCUGCCAUACGUUUAAUAACUUGAAAGCACAAAAGAAAUAUUCAGUCAACAUUUUAUUCCACACUAAGUGCCAACGGUGAGCAAUAAUGAGUUAAAUGGUUGUAUUUUGAUGUGUGGAGUUUCCAAGAAAUAAUCAUCAAUUGUUUUACCUUUUGAAAAGAAUGUGUUAAGAGAUGAUAGAUGAUGCAUAGCUGAUACAGGAUAAUGUUGGAUAUGUUGUAGUAUUCACAUUGUACUGUGAACGAGCAAAUUCUCACCGAUGUAAGGUUAUUUUUUACACUAUUGUUAGGUAAAGAUGGUACAUUAGUAUGACCAAAAGGCUGUGAUGGGGUCAAAGUGUGACAUUCAGGUUGUUGACACAGCUUAUUUUUAUGUCAAUAAACAGUUUGGUUCUUAAAACA